GAGAGCAUGCAAACACCAACUACUUCCAAAGGAUGGAUGAAGACUACGACGAUAGGCCGUGGGACAAUGGAGAAAGGGAUAACGAAUCUGAGGGAGCUGAAGAAGCGGAAAACCCGGAACACGUAUUGGCAGAUUGCGCUGAAAAAUUCGCCACGCCGGAUUAUAUCAUGGAACCCGGUAUUUUUUCUCAGUUAAAGCGAUAUUUUCAAGCAGGGGGAAAUCCCUUGCAAGUCAUUGAGGAGUUAUCACAAAACUACACUGCGGUCGCUCAAAUGGCUAAUCUGAUAGCCGAAUGGUUGAUCAUCGGGGGCGUGAAAGUGACCGACGUCCAAGCGAUGGUUGAAAACCAUCUGAAAGAAAUGAUUUUAAAAACUUUUGACCCCAAAAAAGCAGACACAAUUUUUACUGAGGAAGGGGAGACGCCCGCCUGGCUGACUCAGUUAAUUGAGCACCCCACAUGGAGAUCACUGAUUUAUCGCCUCGCAGAAGAGUAUCCCGACUGUUUGAUGCUUAAUUUCACAAUCAAACUUAUUUCCGACGCGGGCUUUCAAGGAGAGAUAACGAGUAUAUCGACGGCCGCACAGCAGUUGGAAGUGUUUUCCAGGGUUUUGAAAACAUCAAUUACAAGUUUCCUCACUAGCCCCGAUGAAUGGCAGAAUACGAGCAAAGAAUGCGCGAAAAUGGUGUGCCACGGGCAACACACCUACGUGUACAGUCAGCUUGUUAUACACAUCCUAGCAAGAGAGUCUAAAGGAGGUAGUAGCAUGAAGCGGUUGUCACAAGAAAUCAUGAAAUGUGCUCAGAAAAAUGGUAAUGACAUAACGCCGAUAACAAUGGCGCUGAACGGAGCUUCAGGCUAUCCGCAAGCGUGCCAGGCACUGACGGCGAUGCUGUCAAAAAACACAUUAAACCCUGCUGACAUUUCCGUACUCUACCGCAAUUACAAUACGACGGAUCCGCCCCCAAUAGACCUUAUCCGAACGCCGCAAUUUUUGGAGCUCUUAGUAGAUGCUUUGUUUAAACCGGGUGUGAAACUAAACCCCGACCACAAGCCAAAAUACAUCCAUCUGCUGGCAUACGCUGCAAGCGUCAGCGAGGUGCAACCGAAGAAGGGCCAAAAACGAGUUUGCAACAAGGAGGAGCUGCAAGCGACAAUUAGAGCCAUCGAAACAGUGCACAAUAUUUGCAACGGCAACAAAGGGAGUUCUGAGCUAAUGGCGGAGCUGGCGACUAUCUAUCAGUCGUUGAGGUUUCCUGUGGUGUCGUUGGGGGUGAUAAGGUGGGUCGAAUGUACGGUAACCGAGCCGAGUUAUUUUAAAUUAUCGACCGAGCACACUCCAAUCCAUUUGGCAUUGUUGGACGAAGUUGCGACCUGUCACAGCCUGUUACACAACCAGGUUUUGGAAUUGUUAAUUAGGUUAUUCGAAUCUAAGCAGGACGAGCUGGAAAUCUUGGUUCAGUUGGAGAUGAGGAAAAUGGUCUUGGAUAGAAUGGUGAACCUGUUGUGCUCUGGGUACGUGGUACCCGUUGUAAAAUACAUAAAACAAUGCUGGCAACGUGGCGACACCGAUAUCUCUUUGAUACGAUAUUUUGUUACAGAGGUAUUGGAAACCAUCGGGCCACCCUAUAGUUCCGAAUUUGUGCACCUUUUCAUGCCCAUGGUGGAGAACGAUGAAAUCACUGGAACCAUGAGGGGCGACGGGGAAAACGACCCCGUCUCGGAAUUUAUAGUGUACUGCAAAGCAAAUUACACCACUGUCGUCUAGACGGCAAUCAAAACAGAGCCCUCCCCGACGUAACUUAAAAAUUACCGUUUAUUUAAUAAUAGUAAUAAUAAUAAUAAAAAAUCAAUAAUUA